AUGCCAGACAAUAAGGCUGUCUCAGUCCCCCCAGUGGCCCAUGGCCCAGAUGAGGCCGCCCCUGGACCGUGGGCAAGAUUCGCGCUCCGCCUCCCCUGGCUUGUGGCUAAGGAGGGCGAUAAGAUCCUAUCUCCCCUUCUUAGCUCUCUACAUCAGCAAAAUCUCAAACGAGAGCUUAUAAUUCGGGAAGACAUCAAUUGGAGUGGUAUUGCUUUCUUUUUGAGCAUUGGUGAAUCGCUGCGUCAUGUUGAAGCAAUCUACAUCUAUAUGACCGGUGAUGUCUGUGUUGAUCGCUGUGAUCACUGCCUCCGGGGCCGAGGCAUUUUCCCCCUAUGUGUGGUAAACAAACAGCCCGGAGCACCCAAAGACUGUGCUAAUUGCUGGUGGAAAAUCUCCAGCCAAAAGAGACCAUGCUCCUUCACUGGAUGGAACCUCUCGUACGAGCAGCAAUUGCAACUCUAUAACAUCACACCGGCCAUGCGUGAAGACAUUUGUCAACUUCUUGCACCACUGAAGAACACCAUCACUACUCUGCAUACCCGCCUGGCCUCUGCAAGUUCUCUGGAAGACCUUCGAGCCAACGAGGAUUCUCGCAAAGCCUUGAAAGCUGAGGCCGAAGCAGUCAAGGCUGCCUUCGACGAACUUUACACCUGCUUCAAACACACAGGCUAG